AUGCGGGGGGCCCCGGCGCGGCCGCGCGGGCCUCGGGCCUUCGCGUCGAGCGCGCGGUACGUGGCGGCGGUGAAGGAGGACCUGGCCGAGUGGCUGGGGGGCCUCUACCCGCUGCACAUCCACAAGGACAACUUCCUGGAAGUCCUGGCCACCGGACGGGUGCUGUGCCACCACGCCAACCACGUCACCCGCGUGGCCCGGGCCGGCCUCGCCCCCGGCCCCCCGGGCCCCGGCCGGCCCCGCCGCGGGGUCAGCUGCAACCUCGAGGCCCGGCCGGGCUCCUUCCAGGCCCGGGAUAACGUCUCCAACUUCAUCCGCUGGUGCCGGGAGGAGAUGGGCAUCCGAGAGGUGCUGAUGUUCGAGACGGAGGACCUGGUGCUGCGGAAGAACGAGAAGCACGUGGUGCUGUGCCUGCUGGAGCUGGCGCGGAAGGGGGCGCGUUUCGGGGUGGCCGCCCCCACCCUGGUGCAAAUGGAGGCGGAGAUCGAGAUCGAGGAGGACCCGAGGCUCCGGCCGGACCCGUCCCCCGACGGAUCCGCCCCGCGGGACCCCCCUCCGCUCCCGCCCUGCCGCUUCCGCAACCUGGACCAGAUCGUCCGGAAGCUGGUGAGCCGCUGCACCUGCCCCGUCCGGUUCUCCGUGGUCAAGGUGUCGGAGGGGAAGUACCGCGUCGGGGACUCCGGCGCCCUCAUCUUCGUCAGGAUCCUGCGGAGUCACGUGAUGGUGCGCGUGGGGGGCGGCUGGGACACCCUGGACCACUACCUGGACAAGCAUGACCCCUGCCGCUGCACCUCCCUCUCCCACAGAGCGCCCGCACCAGCCCAGCAUGAGGUGGAGGUCCGCCGAGGGCCCGGGCCCGAGGGUCCCGCCGGACAGGGGCCGCCCACGGUCACCGUCCGCCGCGCUCAGAGCCCGCCGGCCCCGGUGGCCUGGGGCACCUACGUUCCCCGAGGCCUCGGCCUCCCACCCGCCGUCGCCGCCGUCUCCCCGUCCUCCCCCGACCCUCGAGGCCGUCGGCCCUCGAGGUCCCGAGAAUCGCCCGGGCCCGGGACGGGCUCAUCCUCCACCAGGGAGAGGGGAAGACCCGCGACCCCGUCCCGGAAACCGCCGCCUCCCGAAGAGGGCCUCGCCGACCCCCCCGGUCCCUCGGCCCCGCAGCGCCCCUCCACCCGAACGGGCCGCGACCCGCAGCCGAGGUCGAGCCGGGCCCGGCCCCGCGCCGAGGCCGGGCCCUCCCAGUCCCGGGGCUGCGGGCAGAGAGACCCCCGGGGGGCUGCCUCGCCUCGUCCCCUCCGCCCCCCGAGUCCGACCGAGCCCCCUCCCCUCCGAUCGGUCCUCCCGGGGGCCGGGCGAGGUUUCCGGGGCCAAGGAGCCCCGGGGACCCCCCGGAGCGGGGUCUACGUGCCCGGCCCGGGGUCUCCGUACGAUCUCGUGGUCCGGGAGCUGAGGAGGGGGCUGCCCCCGCUGUUGGCCGUAGCCCGGGCCCAGGAGGAGGGCAAGGGGAGGGACCGGGCCGGAGAGAGCGCGGUGAGCGGAGGGGUCUCCCGGGCGGGCCCCGGGCCCUCCUCGGCGAGCCCCGGCGCUUCCACGGGGCCGGGGCCUGGGCCGGGACCGGCUCCGGGCGAGGCCCGCCGGACCCUCCGCGAGCCCGAGCGCAUCCCGUCCAUCUACAAGCUGCAGCUGCGGCCCCGGGGCCGGCCCCGGCGGGACCAUCGGGCCGGGAGGCGACCGUCGCGGAUCCCGACCCCCGUGGGCUUCCGCCGGGGCGGGGGCCGCGGGGCCGGGGCCGCAGGCGGGAGGUCGGCCGCGCCGGGCAGCGGGGCCGGGGAGGCCGCCGUGCCCGAGAGCAGCGGGUCCGAGCCCGAGCCGGGGGCCGGGUCCCCAGCCGAGGACGAGGAGUCCUGGGUCUGA